GCUCCAGCACCGGUGUCAUAUGUCAACAAGUGGCUAAAGGGUGAUCCUGAUACUCCAAAGUUUUUGGGUCUACCACGACCAGAGAUGGACGAAGCAUGGCAUGAACUGCUUUCAGCUACUGCAAUUCGUCUGUCUAGUGAGGAGCUGCUUCUUGCAAACAAUGCCACAUCUAUAGAGCACAAAGAUGGUGGAUACGUCGGAGGACUAGGAAUAUCACAUUCUUUGCAUUGCGUGCAAUUCAUGCACCCAGAGUACUAUUACGGUAAAGAAGGACAAUCAUGGGACGAGCUUUUCAUGCAUGCAGAUCACUGCUUAGAAUCGCUUCGUCUGGCAGUAAUGUGCCAGGCGGACGUAAGUGUGUAUACACUUAAAUGGACACCGCACAACAGGUAUAAGCCCGCGGUUAAAGUUCCUCAGCCUCAUGCUUGUGUAGACUGGCGAGCUUUACACGAAUGGAUGGCCGGUAGAUCUGCCAGUUUAGAUGAUGUUGUUGGUCCCCCGGAAAACAUGUUUGAAGUUGUGAGGGGAUGA